AGGCGGCGCAGUGGUGAAGCAGAUUUAUUCAAUCUGUCCACUUUGGUGUUAACACUACCAUGCGUGCCGUAUUUGGAUUCUUAAUUGCUGUGAUAUUUGUCCACGUGACAAUAACAGCAGGCCAUUUAUCAGAUGAUGGAGACAAACAUCACCACCAUCGGAGAGGAAGAAAGCAUGCUGACGAGGAGAUCAGCUCGGAAGACGACAGCAGCGACUACCGUGGGAGAAGAGAACGGAACAGGAGAACUGGUGAUGCUGACUCCGAGCUGUCCAUCUCCAGUGGAUUAAGAAGUGUGUUAGGAGUUAGAAGUCAAACUGACGCCAACGAUAUCCUGUACCACUUAACUGGAUUCGAAGAUGAAGCCUCUGCCAUGAAAUACAUUGAAAAUCUCACAGGACUUACAGAUGACCUGAAAAAGCUGAAAUUCUUGAAGAAAUGCAAGGGAGCCAGAUCUUGGCACCGUGUCGUGGACUUUGUGGAACUUAUGGAUGAUGCCCCGGUUUUGAAAACUAUUGUGGAGAUUCUGAAACAGAUGACCAAUGAAGAUGACGUGCUGAAAGCGUUUGCGAUGUUGAAACCUUUGAUUGGACACGAUGACUUCGACGGAAUUCUUGAGAGUCUACAGAAGAUAUCUGGAGAAAGAGAUCCUCAUGAAAUAGCUGAUCACUUCGAACAUAUCGCACAUACUAAUGGUGUGGACGGCCUGAAAAUAGAGAUACUGAAACUAACAAGUGGCCUCGGUCCGGCUGAAUUCCCGAGAUUGCUGAAAGUUCUGCUCCCUGAAAUAGACCUGAAGGGAGCUUUCAACCUCCUGCUAUUGGGUACUCGCACUGUGGAUAUCGGUGAUGCGAUUGCGUCAUUGAAUCAUUUGCUGAACACGAAAUCACUGACAGACAGUUUAUUAAUGCUGAAAGCUAUCACCAAACAAACCCAAACGAAAUACGCUUUAGAAGAAUUGACACAGGCUGUUAACCGAGGAAGUCUUAGAGUAAUUAUAGAGAACCUACAUAAGAUUGGAGGAAACGACAAUUUGCUGGAAGUACAAAAGGCAUUCAAGGACGCCUUUGGAACAGAUAAUAUUGUCAGCGUUAUUCACAAAAUAAAUAAAGUAACGAAACGUCAGGAUGCUUUAUACUUCUUGAAUUCUUUACUGGACGUUACCCAAACGAAAAACAUCAGAGAAGCUGCCAAAUUAAUUUUGGGUCUUACUUCUAAGGAGACCAAUCUACUGGACUUUUUGGAGCUAAUUCGUGUCAAUUCAGGACAUGACGAUAUUAUUGACUUCUUUAAAAGACUUAUGUCUAUUACUGGGACCAAAUCUCUACAAGAAGCAUGGCAAGUGAUCGCCACGGUGACAUCCAUUGACGACAUUUUUGUAUUUUUCGACGAAGUAUACAAAUACACGGAUGUAGAGGUGAUUGUAUUUCUGGAAACGAUACUAAAAGUGACCAACGCUACUAAUAUUAAGGUUGCCGCUGCCAUGCUGAAGAAGAUCUGUGGCGUCGAUGAAUUGUUCGACAUAAUUCAGCUGAUAUUUGAUAUAACUGAAAUGGAUAUCGUGCAAUUCUUUGAAAACAUCAUCACAAUCAGCAAGGCUUACUAUUUGGAGGAAGCAGUUUUUAUAACUGAAGAAUAUACAUCGACGGACAAUUUCAUUGACGCUUUAAGAGACUUGAAAAGGGCAACUGGACAAUCAACCAUCCUCCAAGCGAUAGACUACAUAAAAAAGAAUAAGCCUCGCAUCGAAAGAACGACAACUACUUCUACCGCCAAAUCUUCUGAAGAAGUCACAGAAAGCAGCAGUACAGAAGAAUCAAGCACCAAACAAAAUAAUCCAACAACAGCAGAAAAUAAUCUUUUAAAAGAUACUACAACACCGAAAUCAAUGGAAACUACGCUUAAAGAAGAUUUAACAACUACACCUAAUUCUUCUGCAAAGCAAACUACUAUAGAAAAAGCUACAGAGGAAUCUGGUAGUACAGAAGGACCAACUGAACAAAUAACGUCCACAGAAGCAAUUACUUCUACGGAAGAAUCGAAAAUUUCAGAAGGAACUACGGCACAGAAGACUCUUAAUGAUAUUUUAACUACUCCAUCUUCUGUGCUAAGUUCUACUGCCACUAAAGAAGUGACCACAGAAUUAAUUUCUUCUACAGAAGAUAAUGUAACCGCAAACCCAGUAUCUACUACAGAAAAGAAGGUUAAAGAAGGAAUCAGCACAGAAUCUUCUACUAAUUCAAUGCCUACAGAAGUAACUACAAAAAUAGACCAAACUCCAGAAAUUAACACUGAAAAUGGACCUACUACUGAAAAUACAACUCCUAAAGAUACUGAUCAAGUCACUGAAUCUAAGAAUACUGAUAAAUCUUCUACAGACAGUGCUACUGAGAAGAAAACUAAAGAAGAAUCUAGGACUAACAAUCAGAAUAAUGAACAGACUACACCAUUAGUAGAAGCUAGUACAGAAGGUAAAGAAGAGACUCCAGUUACUUCUUCAACUUCAAAAAGCGUCACAGAAGAAUCUAUAACUACUACAGAAGGCAAUAUUACUUCUGAAAAGACCACAGAAAAAUCCCUUCUAAGUACUGAACAGUCUACUACAGCUCAGAAGCCCGCAGAAGAUACUAAUACACCUUCUACGGAAUCUGGCGUUACUGCAGAAGAAUUAAAAACAACAACAGCAGCAGAUCAAACAACUGAAUCUACCACUGGAACACAAAAACCAAAAGAAGAAUCUAAAAAUGCCCCCAAACCAGAAGAUUUAAACACCGCAUCAGAAGAUAGUACUUCUGAGAAAUUGAGCUCAACAGAAACUUACACAUCAUCUUCUAGAAGUACAGAAGAUUCAUCUUCUGAUUGCUCUUCGUCUUCUUCUUCCUCAGAAGAGUUCAGUUCUGAAGUUCCUAGUACAGAAGAAAAUACACCUACGACAUCUGAGAAGUCUCUUUCUAGCACAGAAGCCAUUUCUUCUUCUACUGACAAUUCUUCUUUACCAACCUCUACUGAGCAAGUGCCGACUUCAACUGAGAAAAUUGAAGGAACUAGUACUCCUACUCAGGACUCAACAACUCCGUUGACGACUAUGGCGUUAGAAACAACAACUGCUCAGGAAUCAACAACAGUUGUUACAACAGAACAACAAACAACUGAACGUGAUAAUCUUGAAACAACUUCAUCAACUCCAGUUGUUGAACAACUUCAAUCAACAACAACUACACAAGAAACACCUUUAGAAACUACUGAAAGUACUACAACUGAAAAAUCUUCUGAUUCAGAAGUAACAACUCAACAAACAACUGUAGAACAACUGUCAACUACCACUUUACCAUCAACUGAUGCUGGUUCUACAACAGUUGAAACCACGACAACUCAACAACAAACAACAGACUCUAAUUCUGCUGAUAAAACAACAAAUCAGUCAACUACCACUUUACCACCAACUGAUGCUGGUACUACAACAGUUGAAACUACGACUUCUGAACAACAAACAACACAAUCUAAUUCUGCUGAUAAAACAACAAAUCAGUCAUCAACAACUGCAUCAGAAGAGAAUAUUACUCAAGCAACUUCUGCACAACCCAAAGAAGAAAGUACAUCUACGACAGAAGCUAACAUUACUGAUAACACAACUAGUAAAGUUACUUCUGAACAAUCUUUACUAACAACUCAACAAAAUACAGAAUCUUCUAUUACUACAACAGCAGGAGAACAAACAACAACAGACUCUAAUCAGGCUACAAAAGAACAAGGAACAACUGAAUCAACUCCAACAACUCAAGUAACAUCAACAGACCAUUCAGAUGAAUACGUAAGUUCGGAAGAAUCGAACUCUUCUGCUUACGAUUCUACUGAAAAUAGCUCAGAAGAAGAAACUCAAAGGCAAUGGGAAUACGACUCAAAAUCCAUUGAAGAUCUUGAAACAACUGAAGGAGCUACUACACCUUUGUCUUUUAGUUCAACAACAGAAACUCUAACAACUGUUGCUAUAGGACAAUCGUCAACAGUUACAUCAACUUUAAAACAAACAGAUAUAAAUGAAAUAACAACUGAAUAUGUUUCAACAACUACACAAUCUGUUAGCGAACAAGUAACAACAGUACCUUCAUCAACAAUUAAAGAAGAAUCAACAACAGAAGCUUCGACAACAACAACUCAAGAUCAGGCUUCAACAACAGAUAUUGCAUCUGUAACAACUACUUCUGAAGCUGCAACAACUCAAUCCUCUCUUGAGCCGUCAACAGAAUCACUGACAACUCAAAAUACACCUUCUUCAACUAAUAAAGCUACUGAACAAACUCCUACUGAGGAAGUAACGACAACACAAUCAAUUUCUACUGAUCAGUCAACAACAACAGAGGCUUCCACAACUCAACUAGUUUCUUCUACAACCACUGAGCCGACUGUCACUGAUAAUGUAUCAACACAAAAUAUUGCUACUACUGAUCAGUCUGUAGCUACUGAGAUAUCAACAACUCAAGCUGCAUCAACGACUGAGUCAACAACAGCUUCAGAACAAAUUUCAACUGAGGAAAUAUCGACUGAGGAUGCUUCUUCAUCAUCAGACUCCUCUUCAUCAUCAUCAUCUUCAGAACAGGCAACCAGCACUGAACAGUUGACAACUCAGUCACCAGCUGGAACUACUGAGGAAAUAACUACUGAAGCUGUGUUUACAACAACUGAGCAAUCAACUACUGAAAAGAGUACAGAGAACGUUUCUACUGAUCAACCGUCGGUAGAACAACAGUCAACUGUUGCUGAUUCGACAACUCAGUCAUCAACAACAACUGAAGCUCAACCAGCUACUGAGAAAUCAGUACAAGAUAUCUCUUCAACUACCACUGAUCAGUCAGCAAAAGAACAACAGUCACCUGAGCAAUCAACAACUGAAGUAACUUCGACAACUACUCCGUCACCAACAACAAAUCAAGAAGUUACUGAAACAUCAGUCACUGAUCAGCAAUCAACUCCAGCUGUCACAACAACUCAGUCAGUAGAACAAUCAGCCACUGAAUCAACAAACCAACAAUCUACUGAGGACACAACAACAGAUAAUAUACCAUCAACAGCUCAAACAUCAACAACUGAAGUUUCUCCAUCAACAACUUCAGGACAACAGUCAACUGAUAGCGCAACAGAUCAAGAAGUACAAUCAACAACAGAUUCUGGAACUUCUGAAACAAGUCUAUCAACAACUCUGCAACAACUGUCAAUUGAGAGCUCAACAACUCAAGAAGUACAAACAACAACUACUUCUGCAACUACUGAAGGAAGUCCAUCAUCAACUUCAGAACAACUGUCAACUGAGAGCGCAACAACUCAAGGAGUACAAUCAACAACUGAUGGUGCAACUACUGAAGGAAGUCCAUCAACAGCUUCAGAACAACUGACAACUGAAACCACAACAACUCAAGGUCUGAUCCAAUCAACAAGUGAAUCUGCUACUACUGAAGGAAGUCCAUCAACAGCUUCAGAACAACUGUCAAUUGAGAGCCAAGAAGUACAAUCAUCAACUAAUUCUGCAAUUACUGAAGGAAGUCCAACAACAACUUCACAACAACUUUCAACAACACCAACAGUAAACGCAAAUCCAUCAACUGCAUCCAUUUCUACUGAAAAACCUGAAAGAAGUCAAGAAGAAUGGUCAACAGAGUCAGAAGAGAGUUAUACAUCUUCUGAGUAUGAUUCUCAUUCUACCGAAUCAAUGGAGUAUCAUAAAACAUUAAAACAAUAUGACUCCUAUGAAAAUUCAGACGAAAAUACUACUGAAAAUUUCCAAAAAGUGAGCAGUACUGAUAAUCUUAUUACUGAAACUACAACCAUUUUAUCAACAACCGUUGAUCAGCAAACAACUACUGAAGCAGUCUCUACUGAGUCACCAGUGUCGACUGAGAAAGUUGUUGAUAAAAGUGCAACUGUGCCUUCUACUCAGCAAGCAACAACUGACUUAGCUACUACUGAAAAACUCGCUGAAGAGUCCACAACAACUCAACAAGUGAUUUCUGCUGAACAAACAACUGAAUCAACUAAAACAACACUUUCUAAUGAUCAGUCAACAACUGUUAAUGCUGUUACUGAAGAAACAACAAAACAGAUAUCAGAAUCAACAACAGGAGUUACAGAAAAACCAGUAUCAGAUAUAUCAACUACCCAAUCAACCAAUGAUAUUACAAAACAACCAACAACAGAACAAAACCUUCCAACAACCAAUGAAGUACCAUCAACUGAAACAACUAACAAACCAGAUAUAGAACAACAAAAUAACCAACCAACAACAGACGGAAACCUUUCAACAACCAGUGAAUUACCAACAACUCAAGAAUCAGCAACUGAAACAACUAACAAACCAGAUAUAGAACAACAAAAUAACCUUCAAACAACUGACAGUAACCUAUCAACAACGACAACUCUAUCAACAGCUGACACAAUUACUUCUUCGACAGUAAAUCAAGACGCAACAACUGAAAAAUCAACUUCAGAUAUAAAUAAAAGCGACACUCCUGUGGCUGAAAAUGUGACUACAGGAUCUCCCUUACAACCUGAAAAUACUGAAAAAUCUAAAGAUGUUACUACAAAACAGCCUACAAUUAAUAAUCCUGAAAAAAAUACUAAAGACAGUCGUUCAAAUGAAUAUGAUGAUAACAGUACUCAUGUAGACAGCGCUGUUUCUGAUGAAGAUUUUAAAGAACAAACAACUCAACCGUCUACUCCAGUGACAACUGAAGAAUCUACAAAAAUAACUAAAGACGAUGCUACUACAGUAACUGAACCACAAAACAACAAAGCAGAAGUAACCACAACUCAAGUUGUUACACAAGAAACGACAACAACAAAAACCAUUGAAGACACAACACAGUUGUCGACAACAACUGAGAAAGUUCAACAACAAGAACAGACAACUAUUAACCCAUCAUCAUCAUCAACAACAACAGAAAUGAACCAGGCAGCAACAACCAAUGUUGUUGAUAAGCAACAAACAUCGUUGGAUAAAACUAAUACUAUCGAGCCGACAUACGCUCCGGAGCCGAAGCCUCCCGGUCACCAACAGGCAGUGAAGUUUGAGACAGAUGUAGCAAUGCCUAAAGCAGGAGGGAAGCUAUGUGUCAACCAAGGACGUAAAGAAAUUAUGAACGCCUUAGAGACCAACAUGCGUCUGAAGAUCCUACUCCUCCCGAAGGGUCCUGGCGGCAAGAACUGCUACUGCACCUGUAGCAGCAACACUCCACCAGCUAUCAUUCCUUUAUCAGAAUUACCAGAAGAAGAACUCGACACAGAAGAUUAAUGAAACAAUAAAAAUUUAGAUUUUAUUGUAACUUUCGUGAGACAUAUUAAAUUAAUUAUUAUGUUAUCGGCUUACUCACGUAAUGUUUUGACGAGGAACUCGACUAGUUUCAAGCCAUGCUAGAGGCUACUAGUAGCAGUGCGACAAUCGCCGCGUCGUGUGUCGCGGAAUGCUGCUCAUGAAUAUGAGCCUCUAGCAUGGCUUGAAACUAGUCGAGUUCCUCGUCAAAACAUUACGUGAGUAAGCCGAUAACAUAAUAAUUAAUAAAAAUGUUACAUCUUGGCAUAAGUAUAGUACCUAUUAUUGUAAGGUAAACCCGCUAGGUAGUCCGCAGCUCUAGAUCAAUGCAGUGUGCUUGUAUAGUUUAGUCAUCAAUUAGAAUUUAAAUAGCAGUUUGUCCUUUUCUAUAUAAUUCCUGUGUUUAUACUAUGAUUUAUAAGAAAUAAAAUAUUGUGUUUAUCA